CAGCAAGCAGCGCACUCACCCAUUCACUCUCAGUUUUAUCCUCUUCCGCACCCGCGACCUUCGGUGCCUCCCCCGCGUCACGACCCGCGCACGACACCAUCCCUCCCUCGCCGCGCAAGCUAUGAAGGCACAGGUCCGCUCCCUAUUCUCCAAGCACGGCUCGCGGAAAGCCAGCAAACACGAUCAUGCGACAUCCUCCACGCGUCCCCGUGCGACCCCCUCACAGCGACUCCCGCCCCAGCUGCCUCCCGAGAUCUGGGCGCACAUAUUCACCUACGCGACCGGAAGCGUCACACCGAGUAGCUGGGAUGGACCCGAGGAAGGGGACGAUGAGCUUCUGGCGUCACUGCCCAAGGCGAAGGAGCCCAGGCUCGGCGUGCAUCCCAUGGAGCUGAUGGACGAGGAUGAGGAGGACGAUGACUUUGACUUCCUCGAGUCCUCAUCACCCUAUGGCCGCGAUAGCGCCGCCGGAUCUCGCGGCUUCCUCUCCCCUCGUCCUGGCCCGCCCGACAUGGCUACUAAAAUGGCUCUGAUGCUCACCUGCCGCCGAUUCGCAUCCAUCGCCACGCAGCAUCUCUUCCACACGGUCUACAUCAGUCACAAGGAGCAGGCUAGGCUCCUUGCCCAACGGUUGCAAUACCAGGACUCGCAAGGGAAUAUCGGCAUUCACAUCCGUGUUGUCCGUAUCGCACCAGUGCCUUCGACGCGCGCAAUGCCUCCGUACGCACAUGGCUCGAGCAGGGUUGACGACAAGGAGGACCCAUCAGGUCACUUCGAGUUCGAUCCCAGCUUGUACUGUAGUGGCGAUCAGACCCCCGCGUACGGAGGAUACGACAGCCCGAUCCCGUCGGUUUUCGAUCGCGUCGAUGCUCGCGACGUGUGCACCAUCCUCCUACACGCCUCGAACUUGGAGGUGUAUGAGGACCAUGCGGGCGUGCGGUAUAGCUUGUUCGACGCUGGUGGGCAGUGUACACCCGAUGCCGUACUUGACAUCCUCGCCAGCCGACAGCUUACGCGCCUCGCUUGGACGACCUACGCUCACCCGAUGCCGCUUGCUCCUGCGCUCGUCCGCAUGAGCACGACGCUGCGGUGGCUCGAGCUGCAGUGCCUCGAGAACGAGGAUGCAGACGAGUUCGGCGCGUUGGACGAGUACGGCAUCCCGCAGCACGACGUCAGCGCGAUGAAUGGCGGGAUGGAAGCGGAUGCGGUGUGCUUGGCGGAAUUGCAGACGCUGAAGCUUACCCUUUCGAACCCGAUGCUGAGACUCUUGGCUGCCUGGCAGCUCCCGAAGUUGCGCAACCUGAGCAUCCUGGCGAGCGACUUCGCGUACGCGGGUGAGGGCUUCGGGGCGUUCUUCGAGUCUCACGGCUCGCGCAUCCGCCAGCUCGAACUCGGUCACAGCUCCGCGACGAUCGAGGAAUACUGGUUGAGUCGCGGCCUCGAGGCUGGCGCUCCUGGUGGCAUUCUCCGCGGUCGCGAGGGCCUCCUCGCUGGCUGGUGUUCGAACCUCAAGGAGUUCAUCUGCAGUGCCGACGCCGAAUGGAACUGGCAUGACCCGGACCGCAUUCGGCCGCAUACCCUGUUGAAGUCGCACCCGACGUUGCUGUUCAUUGGUGUACGGGAUAUUGAGAAGCGGCUGAGGGAUGAUUUGGAGCUGGCAAGGGCGAGGAGGAGAGGCAGGAGGGGUCCGGAUGGGGUGGAGGUGCACUCGUACGCGGAGCAGGUUGGCAAUGAUGGCGAAGAGGUGUUCUUCAGGCUGUUGGAGCAGAUGCAAAGCUUGCUGAGGAAGGGGGACUUCCCGGCGUUGAAGUUCGUCCGCGAUAUGGGUUGUGCGAUGUUCAGCCCCCCGUCGGCGCCGUACAUCCCCGAGGAGGAUCUUGAAGCUGGGUUUGCGGCAAUGAAGCGCCAGGUCAAUGUGCGUAAGCACAAGGCUGUCAAGCGCUUCUUGCCCUCGCCAACCGCCACUCCGGCUACGCGCGCAUCCUCCGCCAAGCCGACGCGGUCUCCGUCACUGUCCGGCGUGAAGCCUCAGGCGACCCGGCAAAAUCGGGCGACCACCUCGCAGCAGGUUGAAGCGCUCACGUUGGCAACGUCUUCGAUGUCGCUGAACUCGCGUGCGCCGCUGCUGUUGCACGAGAACUCCACUCGGCCGUCUACUGCUGCACCUGCGGCAUUCACGGGUUCGCCGCCAGACGAGCCUGUCAUCGCUCAGCCUGCGUACUACGUUACCACGGCAUCGCGCCCUCCGCAUGCUGUGUUCAUCCAUCCGCCGGGCCCUGAAGGAUCAGUAGAUGUAAAGGGCAAAGGCAAGGCCGUUGAGGUCUCUCCUUCCAGGGAGGUGUCCCCGGUCAGGUCACUGUCCAGCGAUGUGUGCACACAUGGGCAGGAAUGGGCUGGAAAUGGUGGCGAUACAUGGGCAGGGCGCGAGCCCAGUCCCAUCCGCUUUGCUGAGCGCCCUCGGGCACGCUCGGGAUCCAUCGGGGACGAGAGCAUCAAGUCGCAGGAGGAGAUCGAUGCUAUGUACGCUCAGCCGGGGCAGAGCUACGUUGCCGGCGUCACCGUAACUAUCGAGCGGACGGAGACAUUCGAGCGCAAGCACGCGGUGUCGCAGACGAUGCGCAAGUCGCUUGAGACCAUCCAGCAGAAGCGGCACGAGGUUGCGCCCUGGGAGGCGCAGGAGGAGCAGCGCGAGCAGGAGAUCGCGAAGCGGCUGGAGGUCGUGCCUUGGGAGGAGUACGAGGAGGGCUUUGCGGGCGCGCCGCAUACGGUUAUCGAGCAUGACUGCGUCGACGAUGAGUGGGAUACGCGCGGGCGGCCGAGAUGGCGCAGGCUCGCGUCCGCGUCGGCGGUUGCUCUGCGGAGCACGUCGUGCCUAUCGCUGUCGGGGUCGCCUAGGAUGGACUCAACUUUGCGUCCGCGCUCGUGCUCUUCGGGGCGGUCUGGGCGGCGGGCAGAGAGCCCGAUUGUGUUCAAGCGCGCGGAGACCCCUACUGGGCCGUGGCCGUGCGAGACCCAUGUCGACCUGUAUGGCAAGGAUGGCGCUGUUCGCUACGGCGACAGUGCACUUGCGGCUCGCGCGCCCACGCCCGAGAUGUGGAACACGCGCACGGGCAGCCCGAUCCACUUCGCUGCCAACGACGAGGCAGAGGAUGACACGAACUCGAGCGGCACGGAGACGGCAUGCGAGAGCGAGGACGGCACGACCGACUCGGACAUCGAUGUCGAGUCCCCCUCCGCUCUGUCGCCGUCGGAGGUCGACCUCGAUGAGAUGAACGCGUCGGAGGUCUUCUUUGAAGAGCCAGCGAACUACUCGACGGUCGCGGAGUGGGUACUGGCGGCGCAGAAGCAGUCAUACGGCGAGGUGAACGUCUACGACGAGCAGCCGCGGGAGGAGGCAGGCGCCUCGUUCAUCGAGCGCACGCUGUCAUUCCGUCGGGGCAGCGCAUCGUCGGAGCAUAUGACUCAGUGCAAGAAGGCAGCAGCCAAGGUGGCGCAGCGUCUGCACCACGCGGCGUCGUUCAACGUCGCGUCGGCGACCAGGCCCGAAGAGCGCUGGCGCAGCGACGACCUCCCAGAUGCUUCACCCCUCGAAGUCAUCAUCGGUCCUGCCGACGGCUUCCACGUCUGCGACGGUCACCAGCAGCUCCCUUGGCUUGUCUCGAUCCUCGAAGGUCGACGGCCAGCGCAAGUCAAAGAACAAGCGCAAGACCCUUGGGUUCCACAACCCCUUCGCAUCGCUCACCCACGGCAUCCGCAUGAGCGUCGUUCGGGAGCAGGUCACGGAAGACGAGGUUCCGGCUGCAACUGCGUCGUCGCCCUCGUCGACCUGGGAGUUCGUCGAUGCGCCUACCCCGCCUCGCACCUGGACCGUGCUCGAGGACGAGGAUGUCGGCGGUCGUACUUCACGUUCCUCCUUCGGCUACGGCAGCUCUCGCGCCAGCAAUGCCUUCGACGAUGAUGACUUCAUCAUCGAGACGCCUCGCCCUGCUAUCUCCAAGCCUCAAACCUCCCUUCAUCCUCUGGCUGCAGCCCCUCUGCCGAAGGCCGCUCUCGACGCCCUCAAGGCGUCCGCGCCUCCUGUCAAGACGUACCCGACUGCAGCGACUCCUGACCCUCAAGCCUUCUAUGCUCCUCCUCCUAUGCCUGAACAGCCAUCAAACCCCUAUGCGACCCUCUCCCGCGCGGACCAGAACCGCAUCCUUACCUUCUAUCGCGCCCUGUUCGAGCGCUGCCGUGAGAACGGCGUGUGGCUCGAGGGGCGCGAAGGCGUCAACGUGACGGUCGCGAAUAUGCGGCGUGUGCGGGCGGGUAUGAGCCAGUAGACGCUGCCUAUCCGCCGCGAAUGUUGAUGUCUUUCAUCAUCUUUCCCAUCGUAUAUACCUCCAUCGACAUACUCAUCAUCGCACCCGUCUAUUUAACCGUCAAUCUGUUGUCGCCGCCCUGUUUUCGUUCUGGUGCUUUCGCGGACUGUUUAUGUAUCGGUUGGUAAUCAUUUCCAUCUCUCACUCUCAGCAUCAUCGACAUCGACA